AUGGAUGACGCAUCAUAUGCGUUUAUCAAUCAACAAUAUGUUACCGGGCAACAAAACGGCGCAGAUACUGGUUUUAUUGAUGUCACUAGUUAUAUACGUAAUGGUUUGAAUGAAGUUACUUUCUUAACAUACAAUAGAUAUGAUGGAUAUGCUUGGGGUUUCGAAAUCAUGAAGAACGGUGAAAUUAUCUUCGAUGACACAGAAGGAUUAUCAAGUAUCACAGCCGCAUAUGAUGAUUAUUCAACAUACAAUCAAUUUGUUUACAAUAAGACAAUUUCUAUCAAUGCUACAAAAUGUACGACAGUGACAUCAACACCAAGUACAGUUACAGGCUGCAUGAAUGACAUGUAUUCCAUUCGUGUGUUUAACUCGGAUGAUGUAUCAUAUGCUUUUGUCAAUCAAUACUAUGUUACACGUCAACUUUCAUACAUAGAUUCGGAUUUUAUUGAUGUUACUCCUUAUAUAAAAAAUGGCUUAAAUAAAUUUACUUUCUUAACGUACAAUAAAGGCGAUGGAUAUACUUGGGGUUUUGAAAUCAUGAAGAAUGGCGACAUUAUCUUUGAUGAUAUGGAAGGACUAGUAGGUGCCAUUGAAGCUUAUAAUGAUAAUUCAAAACAGAAUCAAAUUGUUUACAAUAAGACGAUUUCAAUCAAUAUUACAAACUGUACAACUAUGACAUCAAUCUCAAGUACACAUGAAACAACUGUUGGUCUAAUCACAACGCCAAUUGUAGAAGGAACUACUUCAAUUCAACAACCAACGACUUCAGUUCCUCAGCACACAACUUCAAUGCAACAACAAACAACUUCAGCUCCUCUGCAGGCAACUUCAAUACAACAGCAAACAACUUCAGUACAACAGCAAACGACUUCGAUGCAACAACAAAUGACUUCAACCCAACAGCCGUUCACUUCAAUUCAACAACAAACAAUUUUAAUUCCACAGCAAACUAUCUCGAUGCAGGAACAAUCUACAUCAGUUCUACUACAGAAUACUUUAUUUGAACAAUCAACCGGAUCAGUUCUUACACAAUCUACUACUCUUCAACAUCAAUCCACUGCAGUUGAAUACCAGUCUAUUUCGCUCCAACAAGAAUCGACUUCAAUUCAAGAUCAAUUCAUUUCCAGUGAAGAAGCAACUUCAAUCCAGUCAAAGCCCAUAAUAAUGACAACGAUGUCAUUAAUCACAUCAUCGAAAGUUUCCAUUGUCAAUCAAAAUUGUUUUGCACCUGUUAUUAUUCUAAUUCCUAGUUCAUCAUCUUUAAUAUCACCGAUGGAAUUUCGACGAAAUCAAGAUUUUUUUAUUAGUACAUACAUUCAAUUGAAGUGUAAUAAUUCCCUUGCAACAAUUAUGAGAUGGGCUGUCAAAAAUUGUACUUCAGCUUGUUUAUUUCAAAUUGAGCUCGGUCGAUCAGUGGUAACAACAGCUAGCGAACUUUAUAUUCCAGCACUCACCUUACCAUUGGGUAUUUAUGAAUUAGCAUUAACUGUUACUAUGAUCGCUGCACCUGAGCUAACUUCAUCAGUUUCUGCGUAUGUAAAAAUCACUUUAUCAGGUAUUGUAGCAAAUCUUGUUCCAUUUGGAACAUCAAUGGUUACACGAGGUUAUCAACAAAAUUUAACACUUGAUCCGGGAUCAUAUUCUGUCGAUUCCGAUGGAAAUGUAUUUAAUGCAAGUGAUUGGGACUAUGAAUAUUAUUGUCGAAUCUAUGGUAUUUAUAAUUUUCCAAAUAAUUUAGGAAUAUUAAUAUCAAUUGAUGAUCCAACAAUUGAUCCUCUAAAUCCAUCGUGUUUAUCAAAUCAAUCAAAUAAUUCAAUACAAUACUCUCCAUUAAAAUCAUCAAUAACAUUAUUACCUAAAUUACUUUUAUUUAAUCAAACAUAUGAAUUUAUGGUAUGGAUGAAAAAUCGUCGAAAUUCAUCGAUUCAAGCAACUGGCUAUGUACUUGUUCAAGUAGAUAAUACUUAUCCUCAAAUGAUUGCCGUUGCUUGUGUUAUUUCAACAAUGUGUAUUCCAAAUUUAGAAUUUCAACUCCUCAAUCCAACAACACAACUCGCCCUUUUUUCUAUUUGUCUCGGUACUUGUACAACAAUCAAAAAUAUAACUUGGAAUAUCUAUCAAGGCUUCAGCAAUGGAUCUUUUAAAGGCGUUCAAUGGAAUCAAUUUAAUCAAACGAAUCAAUUUGAGAAUAUUUUAUUCUUCGGUAUUCAUACAAGUAAUUUUACAGCGAUGAAAACAUUAUUUAUUGAUAAUCCACAAAUUACAUAUUGGCGUUUCGAAGUUGUCUAUUCAUUUUCAUCAACAAUAAGUACAAGCGCACUGAAUUUUUUCAUUAAUCAACCUCCAGUCAAUGGUUCAUGUUCUAUUAAUCCUUUAAAUGGGACAACUAGUACAUUAUUUAACAUCUCCUGUCCGAAUUGGUUUGAUGAAGCUGGUAUCAAAGAUUAUUCAUUUUAUCUUUGGAGCACAGAUCGAUCAAAUCUGUUGACAAUUGGUUUUACAUCAGUAUCAAAUUUUCAACUUCGAUUACCUGCUGGAAGUGGCAAUGAAUCAUUAGUGAAUUUAGUUGUUUACAUUCGAGAUACAUUUGAUUGUAUUACUGAAUACAAUUUAUCUUCAGUUAAUGUUUUAUCUGAUACAACUGAGAUUAAUGAUUUCAUUGAUAAUUUAAACCUAUCAUCAAGUACAAAUAAUAACAAUCCUAUUUUUCAGUUACUUGCAACUGGCAAUCAAAAUUUCGUUGGACAAAUUAUUAUUUCAUUAUCACAAAUAUUCAAUGAAAUGAAUAUCGAAAAUGUGAAAAAAGCGGUUUUAGGUGGUGUUCCUAGUACGAGUAUCUUUAUUUCACCAUUAGGAAGUUCACGUUUUUCAUCUAUGUCUGACAUGAUGAAUGAAUCAGCUUUGAUUGAAUUUAAUAAAAAAUUAAAUAUUCAAGCAAAUAUUCGCGAUUAUCUUAUCUCAUUUACAACUAAUUUAAUCAUCGCAAACUCAGAUAGUAUCAAAUUACAAGCAUCUGCAUUAGCUCAAUUAACACAAGCAACAAAUGAAUUAACACGAAAAGCUAUAACAACUGCCUCAAACAAAUGUUAUCAAUUAUCAAUGAGUUUAUAUUCGAUGGCAACUCGAAUUCCAUAUGAAGAUGUUUAUACAGCAUCUGUGGCAAUUGCUGAGUGUAUCACUAAUGUUAUAACUGCUGUCAAUGGACCUUUACAGGGACGGAUAGAUACUCUUGAUUUAGAUUUUUCUCAAGCAAAUACUUUACCUCAAGAUUAUGAUACUGAUCUCGAAUCUGAAUGGUCUAAUCUAAAUUUAUUUGCUAAUGGAAAUGAUUUUUCAUCUGAAACAAUCGAACAAAAUCGUAAUAUUUAUUAUCAAAAACAAUUAGCAAAUCAAAUUACCAAUCAAGCUACUCAAACUAUUUCAUUAUUAACUUCUGCAUUAAAUAUUCAUUUGAAUAUUGAUCAAAAUAUGACGCUGAAUUCAUCGUCAAUUUUCUUUUCAUUACAAACAAUAUCUUCCGAAUCUUUAGCAGAUAAAUUAAUUGAAUAUACUGAAAAUGCAUAUAUUCGUAUUCCAUCAACGUUCAAUACAAAUACAACAGUUUCAAUUCAAGCAAUAAUGCAGCCACUUGCUAUAGCUGAUCAAUUAAACUCUCAAUUGCAUACGAAUUCAUCUCGAUCGAUUUCAUUAAAAAUUCUUCAUGACAAUGGUGAUGAAAUAUCGAUUGAAACUAACAUAACUCACCCAAUUGAAUUAAUUAUUCCCCGAGAUCCAAAUUUAGUCAUGCCACCAAUGAGUUUCCAAGAUGUUAUUUCAAUUAAUUCGACAUCACAUAAUCAAUUAUUUCAUUUACAUUAUAUCAAUAUUACAAAUACGCUUUCUAAUUCAAUUCAUUUUGAAAUUCAUCCAUUGGAUAUAAAUGUUAGCUAUUUAUUUAUUUAUAAAUUUGACAGUUUACCUCAACUAAAUAGUUCAAUCGAUCAAAUAGACGGGUGGACAUUAUUUUGUCCCUCAAAUUUAACGAAUGAUAGUAUCUAUACAUAUUCUAUUAAUAAUCAAAAAACAGUUGAUCAUCAGUCGAUCAUAUUUGGAUUACGAGAAUUGAAUUCAACAGAAAUCAUUAAUGUUUGCAUGAAUUCUUCACUUACAAGUCCACCGAUUACGAACGAACGAUAUAAUUUCACAUCGAAUUAUGAACUUCGAGUCUAUGCAUCUGGUUGUUAUUAUCUCAAUACAAAUAAAACUUGGCAAUCAGAUGGAUUAAUAGUUGGAAAUUUGACAGAUUACCAACAAACACAAUGUUUUUCUCCUCAUUUAGCCACAUUUGCAGGUGGUUUUAUUAUUUUACCAUCUCCAAUCAAUUGGAAAUAUGUUUUUGCAAAUGCUGAUUUUCUAAAAAAUAAAACAGUUUAUUUCAUUAUUAUUAGUAUUUGUAUUAUUUAUAUUCUAUUAGUCAUUUAUGCACAUCAUCAAGAUAAAAAAGAUCUUGAAAUGUUACAAAUAACAUUAAUGCCAGAUAAUUACCCAUUGGAUGAAUAUUUUUAUCAAAUUAUUGUCUUUACUGGUCAUCGAAAAAGUUCCGGAACAAAAUCAAAAGUUCAUUUUAUUCUUUCGGGUGAUAAUGAUAUCACAAAAGUUCGAACAUUAGAUGAUCCACAUCGAUCAAUUUUACAACGGAGUGGUACUGAUACAUUUCUUAUGGCUACAUCAAAAUCAUUGGGAAUAUUAAAUCGUAUUCAUAUUUGGCAUGAUAAUACAGGUCAAGGUGGAUCAGCAUCAUGGUUUCUCAAAUAUAUAAUUAUUCGAGAUUUACAAACAAUGGAAAAAUUUUAUUUCAUUUGUGAACGAUGGUUAGCAGUUGAAAAAGAUGAUGGAAAGAUUGAACGUGUUUUAUAUGUAGCGAAUGAUGAUGAACGACAAAAAUUUUCACAUGUCCUAUCGAAACAUACAUAUUAUAGUAUGGCAAAUAAUCAUCUUUGGUUUUCAAUAUUCUCUCGACUAAGAGUAAAUCGAUUUACACGUGUACAACGAUGUACAUGUUGUUUUGUUUUAUUUUAUAUUUCAAUAUUUCUCAAUAUAAUGUAUUAUGGUAUAUCAAAUGAAACAAAAAAUACUGCUAGUUUAACACUUGGCCCUUUUUAUAUCAGUUCUCAACAAAUUAUCAUUGGUAUAAUGACUGAAUUACUUGCAUUGCUUCCAAGUUUAUUACUCGUUCAAUUAUUUCAACGUUUAAAACCACGUCAAAAUUUAUAUGCAGUGAAACAUUCGAAAUUCACAUUUCCUUGGUGGUUCAUUUUUGUUGCUUAUGGUUUUUCUCUUUUAUUAGUUAUACUUUCAAUAUUUUUUAUUAUCGUUCGUGGAAUUGAACUUGGUGAUCUAAAAACUCAAAAAUGGUUAACAUCAAUUAUAGCUGGAUUUUUUUCAUCAAUAUUUCUUACACAACCAAUGAAAGUUUUAUGUUUGACUAUUUUCGUUGCUUUUCUCGCACGAAAAAAUAAAGAAACAAUUGUAGAUAUGGAUGAUGUUCAUUUUAAUACAUUCGACGAUGUUAAAACAAGAUUUUCUUUGAUCAAGAAAAAACGUUUUUUUAAUUUUCAUCGUUGCAUUCGUUUCAAACGUUUGAAUGAAGCAGAAGUGAAUUGCGCACGAUUGAAACGCUUAAAAGAAUUACAAAUGUGGUCAACUAUUCGUGAAAUGAUUAUUUAUACAAGUUUUCUUCUUGUUCUUUGUGUAAUAACAUAUUCACAUCGAGAUCAAAAUUCUUUUCAUCAAGUUGAUCAUUUAAGAAAAUUCUUUUUAAAUACAAAACAAAUGAAUUAUGAUUAUACAAAAAUUUCAACGAUUAAUCAAUAUUGGAAUUGGUUAGAAAAUAGUUUUAUCUCAAAUCUUCGUGCUCAACAAUGGUAUAACAAUGAAAUACCUCGAAAUCUGAGUGGUUUUAUAAAUGAUAAGACAAAUCGAUUGAUCGGAUGGGCAACAAUGAGACAAUUGCGUGUAAAAUCAACUCUAUGUCCAACGCACAGAAUAAUAAGUCAUUGUCAAGAUGAUUACAGUUUAUUAAAUGAAGAAACACGUUCAUUUCAACCUGGAUGGAUCAAUGAAACAACACAAAUAUAUCCAUCAUUUACAUACCAAUCUAGUAAAGAAUUAGAUACAUAUGUUUACGUUGGAGACCAUGGAAUUUAUGGUGGAGGUGGAUAUGUGUAUGAAUUUCGAGGUCGUUUCUCGGAUCUUCAAAGCAAUUUGUCUCGACUUCAUCGAUUAGAAUGGAUUGAUAGUCAAACACGUGCUGUUAUUAUUCAAAUUAGUUUAUACAAUCCAAAUGCACAACUAUUUACUUCAGUUAUAUUACUGACUGAAUUCUUGUCAACUGGUGGAAUUAUACCUCAAUCUCAAAUUGAACCAUUUAGUUUUCGUUUAGUUUUUGCUUCAACUUUUCAACUGAUUUGUGCAAUUUUCUACAUUAUACUCAUUCUUUAUUUUAUGUUCGUUGAAAUUCAGUCGUUAUUUCGUUUAAAAUGGACGUAUUUUCAACAGUUUUGGUCUUAUAUUGAAGUUGGUAUAAUAAUUUGUUCAUGGACAGCUAUUGGAAUAUAUUUUUGGCGUUAUCAAGAAUUUAAUCGAAUUGGCCAGUUAUUUAAACAAACUAAUGGAUAUGUUUAUAUUAAUUUUCAAUUUUUAGCUUAUGUCGAUUGUAUUUUAACAUUUUUAUUUGGUUUUUGUUGUUUUUUUGGUACAAUCAAAUUUCUUCAUGUUUGUCGUUAUAAUCGAUACCUGUCGUUAUUUAGUCAAACAUUACAACAUGCAAGUCAAAGGCUUAUUCCAUUUUGCUCAAUGUUUUCAUUUAUAUAUUUGGCCUUUGUUUGUUUAUUUUAUUUAUUAUUUGUUUCACAUAUUUCAACUUGUUCAAAUAUGUUAAAAACAGCACAAAUGUUAUUUCAAAUGACGUUAUUGAAAUUUGAUUCGAGUAGUUUUAUUCAAGCUUCAUCGUUUCUUGGUCCAUUUUGUUUUAGUAUAUUCAUAUUUUUUGUUGUAUUUAUAUGUUUAAGUAUGUUUAUCUCGAUUAUUAAUGAUAGUUUUCGACAAGUAAGAGGUAAUAUCAAACAUGAUGAAGAUAUAUUCUUAUUUACAUUACGAAAAUUUCUUCAUUGGACAGGUUUAAAAAAAUCAACAGAUGAAGAAAUACGAGUAGAACAAGAUGCAAUAAUGAGAUCAAGAUAUUCUCAUCCUGUUGAACAUUUACCAGAGAAAAUCGAUCAACUUUUUGAUGCACUCAAUCGGGAAAAAGGACAGUUACUGGACAAUGGACGAACAUUGGUGGGCUUUCAAGUUCAAGGUCGGGCCUUUGUGGCUGCUCUUGGCAGUCACUCAUAUUCCUCUGGUAUUCAUCAUGUUCGAAUCAGAGUAGAUAAAGGCAUUCCAUUUUUGGGUAUUCGCUCACGAAGUAUACCACUUGUACCACGUGAGGGUAGUGCCGGUCGUCAUUGUGAUAGUCCUUCCGCGUACGGUUGGUUAAUAAAUUAUGCUAUUAAUCUAAAUGGACUACUUCGUACUGAAUUACAGAGCAUGAGACCAGACGGUGAUAUUUAUACACUUACGUUGGAUUGUGAUCAACGCCGAUUAAGCUUGGUUAAUGAAAACACCAAUGAACAAUAUGAAAUAGAAGUUAAUAUUCAUCAUACUCCUUUUCCCUGGUGUCUGUUUGUGGAGCACAAUCGGCUGACAGGCCAGUUGUCAUUGAUAUGA